AUGUUACUGGUUUCCUGGGAAACACAACUCGUUUCGUCUCUUUUUGGGGCAGCAACAUCAUUAUUCAUCGUAAAAUGAAUUAGUUUGUUCUCUUUUUGUCAACAACUUGUUUAGAGUUUGUAAAAGGUCCAAUGUUGCUCCAUUUUUACUAACCAGACUUCUCAUAAUGGCGAGGAAAGUGCAUCGGCAAUUGUACACAGAACUGAAGACUUGAAUACUGAUGUAGGAGAGCAGUUAAGGAAACUAAGUCCAUGGAUUUCACUGCUGAAUCCAGACAGGACUCUCCUGGUGGCCCUGAAACAGCACAGGAAAGUGAGGUUCUGAGAGAAGAGGACAUGAAACACUCCGAGACAAAGAAGAGGCUGACAGAGAAGAUGGAGGAGAUACGUCACGUUAUCCAAGAGAUGAUCCGGGAAAACGAGAGUGUUCCUGAAAUGGAGCGACUGGAACUCAAGGAAUUCAACGUGGAUGACGAAAAGCAGCGGAGAAAUGACGUCAUGAUGGAGGAGGAGGUUGCUACGGUGAGAGAAAAAAUCCAGAUGGAGAUUUUGGAGAGAUGUUACCUACGGGAUCUCCUAAAGAGGGACUGCUGGGAUUCUCUCCAAGUCAAAGACAGAGCUGUGAAGGCCUUUCACACGGAGCACGAGGUGACCAACUAUGCCCUGAAGGAACGACCCCAGAAAGAGCAAGAUGAGCUGAAAAGGGUGGAGAACAUAAGGAAGAAGGAGUUGGCUGCAGACGUGAGCCAACAAGCAAAGGUGGGAGCAGACCAGCAGGCACAGCAGGCAUUUGAGGCGUUAAGCGCGGUAGCAAGUAGCUACUCUGCUGAGCUGGAGCUGUCACAUCCUCAUCUCUACGACCAGUUCAGCCUGACAGUCACCGAGCAGAAGAGGAACCAGAUUGUCCUGCUGCAGGACGUGAUCUACCGCAUCAAGGUGGCCCUCAACAGCAAGUUUGACGGCGUGUACAAGCAAAAAGUGCAGGAGAUCGCCCGCGUGAAAGAAAGGAACAAGCAAGUGAAAGAGCUCCUGGACGAGCUGGAAGUGGCCGAGGACCUCUGGGAGCCCUCCCUGAACGACCGAGAGGUGCCCGAGAGGGUGUUCAUCGUGGACCACUCCGAGAUACGAGCAGAGAAGUACCUCACCCCCGAGCAGCAGGAGGAGGAGGACCAGAAGAGACUGGAGGAGCAGAAGCGCUUGGCUGCCAAGAGUGACAACGUACGGGGAAGGGCACUUGACGACAUGAUGGAAGGCGUGCUGGAAGUGAAAAAAGACAGCAUCUUGAAAUCGGAAGUACCGCAGCCCGAGUUUGUUCUGGCCAAGCCCGACAACCAGUGGACGGAGGAGGAGAAAAAGCUCUUCAAAGAGUACGACAAGAAAGUCAAAGAGCUGGAUACAGAAAAGGACAAAUACAGAAAGUCGCUGGAAAACGAAAUCAAAAGCCUCCAGAAGGCCACCAAAGACGCCACCGAGCGCUUUGAUGACGGCUUGAAGAAGCUGUUUGAAAGAAAAAUCAAGUCGGACAUGGCCAUAUGUCAGGAAGAAUUGAAGAUUAAAAUUCUAAGUUACUCCAUACUCAUGGAAGAGGUCAUGGGCAUUGAUGAAAAGGAGCAUAAAUCAAAACUUGGCCAAAUGGAGGCCAACAAGAAGAACAUGAGCGAAGAAUUGCAGAAGUUUCAAAAAGAGGUGGAAUUUUCCCACGAGAGCUUUGACAACAUUGUCGCUGAGGACAAAGCUCUGGACAAAGAAUUCCGGAAGGAGUUCUCAGGUCUUCACAAGGCCAUGGUGGAUCAGCUCUAUAAACUGUUCAAAAGAAGACCCAGAGGUCCUAAGAAGAACGCCAUGGAGGAGUUGGAUGCACCUAAGAAUAUGCCGGAAGGCGUGAACGCAACAGUUUGGGAGAAGUUUUGUCUUGUCCGCAAAAACAAAAUAGACAGCGAGCAGAAUAUUAAAAUGAAAGCGUCCCUACUGGCGGAGAUGCAAGCCAGCCUGCACCAGAAGCAAGAGGAGAACCAGGCCGCCCAGCAGGACAUUGAACAUUUCAAGGAGCAGUUGGAAAAUAUGUGUAAGGAGAAGCAGCACUUCCUGACGGACAUCAUGGUCCAGUUCCUACUGAAGCAAGGCCAGGUGGAGGUCAUCAACGCCGAUUUCAUUCCCGACUACAGCGACUCCGUUCUUCUCCACAGGACGGUUGUGGAAGACCUCAACCAGACCAUCAUGAACCUGGGCGAGCAGAAGCUAGCCAUGCUGAUGCAGACCAAAGACUUCCGUAAGGGCAUCAUCCAGGUGGAGUGGGACAACACCAUGAGGAGGAUGCAGAUCGAGGACCUCAAAAACAAAGAAAGGGACAUACAGAAACUGCGACUCACAGAGGACCACAAAGAGUACCUGAAGUCAGAUAGCGACAGUCGAGUGUGCAGGCAGGCUACGUCUAUGAAGGAAGCCUUGGCCAUGCAGCAGAAGACUUAUCUCAAGGACGUGAAGCAUCGCAAAGAAAAAAUCCGAAAUCUUGGCUCUAAGGCCGCCAUGAAGGAACAGAAGAACGCCGCUCUGGACAAGCAGAUCCAGGACAUGCAUGUGACCGUGUCCCAGAUGAGACACAUCUACGAGGCGUCAGCAAUGGAAGAAAACGAGGCGGCCAACAUCGAGCAGCGCUACCAGGAGGUGCUGCUGCUGCGCAAGCUGAAGGACACGGCCAAGGUCCAGAUGGAGAAACUGGCCUUCCUCGGCGCCGAGGCCGAACGCUUGGGCAUGAGGAACAUCCCCUCCCUGGUCCAGUCCAAGUACAAGUGAGCGGCUUUUCUUUACCUUUCAUUGGAAUGCUGCAGAUCUGUGGAAAUGGAGUAGCUGCAACAAAUAAAGACUUCAAUAUAUUUAAAAAAAAAAAAAGUUUUCCUGUAGAAUCAU